AUGGUUUGGUCAUCACCUGGUCUCUCCUGGAACUCAAGCCCACCCCCUCUUCCGCCGCCAACCGUCACAGGGGUGGCCGGAGGCGCACUUUCCCGCCCUGGUUACGCUUCAGGAACCAAUGGUCUUUCACCUUUUGGCCCUUGCUCAUCAUCUUCCGUGGUUCAUCCACCCAAUAUGUCCUCUCCCAUUCAACGACCAAAAUUAAGCACCACCGUUUGGGAAGACGAAGGUACUCUCUGCUAUCAAGUCGAUGCCAAGAGCGUCUGUGUCGCUCGUCGUAAAGAUAAUGACAUGAUUAAUGGUACCAAGCUGCUCAAUGUUGUGGGCAUGUCCCGUGGCAAACGAGAUGGCAUUCUCAAAAACGAAAAAGGUCGAGUGGUCGUCAAAGUCGGUGCGAUGCAUUUGAAGGGCGUGUGGAUCACUUUUGCCCGUGCAAAGGACCUGGCUACCAAAUUCAAGAUCGUCGACAUUCUAUAUCCUCUUUUCGUGGAAGAUCCUUCCGUGUUCUUG